AUGCCGUUUGGUAUAAAUACAGCAUCAGAAGUAUUUCAAAGAACAAUGCAACAGUUGUUCACCAGCCACCCUUCUGAGAUCAUUGUCGACGACAUACUAGUUUGGCGACGUGACAUUGCUGAGCACGAUUAUAAUUUCGAGAAAGUAUUGCAGAGAGCAAAUGAAGUUAACCUCAAGCUAAAUACAAAGAAGUGCAAGUUCCGACUCGAAAGUGUUUCAUACGUUGGGCACCAGUUCACCAAAGAUGGUCUCAAGCCAGAUGAAGACAAGAUAAAAGCAAUCAAAGAAAUGACAGCUCCUGAUGGUCCAAAGGCUUUACAAAGAUUCCUUGGAAUGGUGAAUUACCUGCAUAAAUUCAUCGAUAAUUUCAGUGAAAAGACGGCUCUACUCCGCCAGUUGCUGAACAAAGACACAAAGUGGUCCUGGGAUGUACAUUAUCAAGUGGCUUUCGUGAAGCUCAAGAAAGAAAUCAGCAAUCCUCCAGUGCUAAAGUUCUUCAAUCCUGCGAGACAAGUUGUCUUAUCCAUCGAUGCUUCCAAGAGUGGUUUAGGAGCGCGUGUCGUCAAGACGGUUCUCCAGUGGCGUAUGCUUCUCGUGUGAUGACCGAAACGGAAAGUAGAUACGCACAAAUCGAGAAAGAGUUGUUGGCUGCAGUUUUCGCCUGCACAAAGUUUUACGAUUUUACGUAUGGCAACAAAGUUGUGUUAGAAACUGAUCAUAAACCCCUCAUCACGAUCGUGAAGAAACCUCUACACGUAGCUCCAGCACGACUCCAACAAAGGCUUCUGCAACUUCAGCGAUAUGACCUGGAAUUUUUCUAUAAGAGAGGAAGUGAUCUAUUCGUGGCAGAUACCCUAUCACGUGCCUAUAUUAAUGAGAAACCCAAUCAAGAGAACCACGACGAGUUUGAAGUUAUGUCGGUUGAAUCCAUAUCACCUACAAGAAUGGAAGAGUUAAGGUAA